UCGCAUCUUCCUCUUACCACAUAAUUCACGUUUCACCAAUGUUUUUGAUUUCAAGGACAGGUGCCAACCUACGUGCGCGCUCACUCAGGUUUGGGACACGCGCAAUGUCUUCCAUCCCGCCGACACUCCCCACUCAACCUCUCACUCCUGAGCAAGAGUCUGCUCAGCUCGAUGCACGGGUCACAGACAUCGAGUCCUUCUUUGCGACUCAGAGGUUCUCAGGGAUCAAGCGCCCCUACUCUGCUCGCUCCGUCGCCAUCAAGCAGGGAUCCGCGCCUGUCCUGCCUCUUCCAUCUGCUAUGCUUGCCAACAAGCUCUGGUCUCUCUUCACCGAGGCUGCUGGCCAGGGAAAGCCAAUACAUACCAUGGGUGCCAUCGACCCCGUCCAGAUGACUCAGAUGGCCAAACACCAACAGGUCGUGUAUGUAAGCGGCUGGGCAUGUAGUAGCGUCCUUACCACUGGCAACAACGAAGUCGGUCCUGAUUUCGGCGACUACCCCUACACCACCGUUCCAAAUCAAGUGCACAGGUUAUUCCGCGCUCAGCAACUCCACGAUAGAAAGCACUAUGAUGAGCGGAUGUCGGCACCUCCAGAGAAGCGUGCUCAGAUGGAGUACAUCGACUACUUAAGACCAAUCAUCGCGGAUGCUGAUACUGGUCACGGAGGCAACUCUGCUGUCAUGAAGCUUGUCAAGCUGUUCGCCGAAUCGGGAGCCUCUGCCAUCCACAUGGAAGAUCAGUUACACGGAGGGAAGAAGUGUGGCCACCUCGCUGGAAAAGUCCUCGUCCCUCCUUCCACGCAUAUUUCUCGUCUCAUCUCAAGUCGCUUCCAACUCGAUCUCCUAAUGAACCCCAUGCUUCUAAUCGCAAGAACAGACGCUGAGAGCGGGAAAUUGCUGAGCAGUAGCAUUGACCCUGCUGAUCACCCGUAUAUUCUUGGGACUACCCAACCUGGGCGUCCUCUGGCCGAGGCUAUCGGGCUCGCGGAAGCCAAAGGCGCAAGCGCAGAAGAGAUCAACCACGUCGAGGCCGUUUGGCUAAAGGCUAACCCUUUGGUCACCUUCGGGCAGGCUGUCCGCACCGCUUUGGCCAAAUGCUCGUCCCUUUCGGAAACUGGGAAAGACGUCGCGUAUGCGCGCUUCCUACAGGAAACUGAAGGAAGAUCCAACACUGACGCACGGGAGGUCGCAAAAGACAUCGUCGGUUCGGAUGUUUGGUGGAACUGGGACUUGCCCCGCACCAGGGAGGGAUACUAUCACUACACCGGUGGCAUAGAUGCGGCGGUCAGCCGUGCCAUCACCUUCGCACCAUACGCUGACCUUCUAUGGCUCGAGACUAAGAGUCCGAACCUCGAAGAAGCCCGGAGCUUUGCACGGAGGAUCAGAGAGAAGCACCCCAACAAGUGCUUCGUUUACAACCUUAGCCCGAGCUUCAACUGGGCGAAGGCAGGCUUCUCUGAUGCGGACUUGAAGAACUUCAUCUGGGAGCUCGGGAAAGAAGGCUUCGUUUUGCAGUUGAUUUCCCUUGCAGGUCUGCACAGUAACGCUGUUGCCACAGCUGAGCUUGCUGCUCGAUACAAGGAGGAUGGAAUGCUAGCUUAUGUCGAGCUGGUCCAGCGCAAGGAGAAAGAGAUUGGCUGCGACGUUCUCACUCAUCAGAAAUGGAGUGGCGCCAACUACAUUGACAGCAUUCUGCAGACAGUAUCUUCCGGAUCCUCGAGCACAUCCGCUCUUGGGAAGGACUCGACAGAGCACGACUUCUGAUGUGACUCAUUCGGUGACCUCAGGGUUCUCUUGCCUCCUUGGGAUGACGCGUAGAAUGGACUACUACUACCCAUCCAUACACCAAGCGUAAGUUGCUUCACACAGCUGUCAGACUUUGAUUUUGCGCUAGAAAGCCCGUUUGUGUGGCCACAAGUUUGAUAUCCUUUUGCAUACUCUUACUCCAUGUGCAUGUGCUAUACAUCUUCAAUCAAUCAACACAAUGGAAGACGACCUUUGAA